GAUUUGCUUGGCGCCGCGACCUCAUGUGAGGCACCUCCUGCGCGAGCCAGUCAGACGUUACCUCUGCAGAGGAAAACGCAAUGGAGCCCUAAAAAAUUGACCAUUUUUCUAUCCUUUGACCCUGGGGGAAAAAAAAAAUCUUGCCUCAAAUCACCGUUUCAUCUGUUAUUUAUUUGAGGCGCAAAACGGCGGUGCAACGAUGUGGAUCCAGGUUCGUACUAUAGACGGGAAGGAGACACGAACCGUUGAGGAUCUUUCUAGAUUGACUAAAAUUGAGUCUUUGCGCCUGAAAAUACAAGACAUCUUCAAUGUAAGCCCACAACAGCAGCGCCUCUUCUACCGAGGGAAACAGAUGGAGGAUGGCCAGACACUGUUUGACUACAACGUGGGUCUCAAUGACAUUGUUCAGCUGCUGAUUCGCUCACAGACCGACCAUCCAGACAGCCCUGCCACCAAGGACUCCUCGGGUGUUGGAUGUAGUUCUGCUUCUCCCCCUGAUUCCAAGUGUGAAAGCCACAACUCCUCGGCUCUCGUCUCCCCCGCUGCUAUGGAAACCACCAAUAAAGACAAUGACAGCAGCUUCAGUACCAGCACUGUUAACGAAACCAAGCCAGACGCCAGCGUUACCAGUAACGCAACCAAAAAUGGGUUUAAGUCCUCCAGCCCUGCACAGGACGCUCAGUCACCUACGUCCAGCAGGAACGCACUAGUCGACCCAGGAAUUGGCAUGUACAAGAUUAAUGAGCUGGUGGACUGCAGAGACCUCAGCAUCGGUGCCUGGUUUGAGGCCUGCAUUGAAAAUGUGACACGCGCUCCCAAAGGACAGAUAACGCCCACCAAGGGCAAGGUGGGCCGACCCCCAAAAAGGACUAAUGGAAAACUGGAGGCUGAGCAGGGACAGGCCCACGGCCAUGGCCAAACCACAGACAGUAACAGGACUAAUCUUGUGUUAAACUCGGAGAGUAACGGAGCCUCCACCUCUCAGACAGACUCUACAGCAGCAUCGGAGAGCAAGGAGAGAGAAGAGGACGUAAUUUACCACAUUAAAUAUGAAGACUACCCAGAGAAUGGUGUGGUGGAGAUGCGACCGGUGGAUGUGCGGCCACGUGCCAGGACGCUGCUGCGGUGGGACCAGCUCCAGGUGGGCAUGCAUGUGAUGGUCAACUACAACAUGGAGACACCAGACGAGAGGGGCUUCUGGUUCGAUGCAGAGAUUGUGACCCUCAACCAAGCCUCCCGCACUAAUAAAGAGCUCAGAGUCAAUAUCCUCCUGGGGGGUCCUGGAGAUGUCAUCGGGGAUUGUAAAGUUCACUUUCUGGAUGAAGUCUACCAGGUGGAGAAACCAGGAGUGCGUGCACUCUCGGCUGCAGAUGGACAGUUUAAACGGAAGAGCGGGCCGGAGUGUAAGCACUGCAAGGCCGACCCUGACGCAGAGUGUCGUUUCUGCUCCUGCUGUGUGUGCGGAGGGAAGCAGGACGCUCACAUGCAGCUGCUCUGUGAUGAGUGCAACAUGGCGUUCCACAUCUACUGCCUGAACCCGCCGUUGGCCACCAUCCCAGAUGACGAGGACUGGUAUUGUCCAACCUGUAAGAACGACACCAGUGAGGUUGUCAAGGCAGGUGAGAAGCUUAAAGCCAGCAAGAAGAAAGCCAAAAUGCCUUCUGCAACAACUGAGAGUCAAAGAGACUGGGGAAAGGGUAUGGCCUGUGUGGGGCGUACUAAAGAAUGCACUAUUGUUCCUUCAAACCACUAUGGACCCAUCCCUGGUAUUCCUGUUGGUACAACUUGGAAAUUUAGAGUUCAGGUUAGCUGGGGUUAUUUUUUACAGUGCAUAAUGAUUAAAGAAAAUCAUGCAGUUUUGAUCCUCAUCCUACGCUUCUGUUUCUUCCUCCGUCUAUCCCUUGAGGUGAGCGAGGCAGGGGUUCACAGGCCACAUGUUGGCGGCAUCCACGGGCGCAGUAACGAUGGCUCCUAUUCGCUGGUGCUGGCUGGGGGCUUUGAGGAUGAAGUGGACCGGGGAGAUGAGUUCACCUACACGGGCAGUGGGGGUCGUGAUCUCUCAGGAAACAAACGGAUUGGAGAGCACUCUUUUGACCAGACCUUGACUCACAUGAAUAGGGCAUUGGCCUUAAACUGCGAUGCACCUCUGAAUGACAAAGAUGGAGCCGAGUCCAGGAACUGGCGAGCAGGAAAACCUGUAAGAGUGGUGCGCAGCUCCAAAGGUCGCCGUAUUAGCAAAUAUGCUCCAGAGGAAGGAAACCGCUAUGAUGGUAUUUAUAAGGUGGUAAAGUACUGGCCAGAGAUUGGGAAGUGCGGUUACUUGGUGUGGAGGUACCUGCUGAGACGGGAUGAUCAGGAACCAGCGCCUUGGACCCCUGAAGGACUGGAGAGGAUUAAGAAACUGGGGCUUUCUGUUCAGUACCCCCCAGGCUACUUGUCGGCCAUGGCCAACAAAACAAAGAAGGAGGCCUGCGCUCGACCUGGUCGGGGCGGCCGCAGUAAGCACUAUCCCGGAAGGGGGCGGCCACGGAGACAACGCAAGAUCAAGGAGAAAGAGGAGAACGAGGAUGAAGAGGAGGAUGAGCAACCGAUGGCCAGUGUGGAAGAGGAGUCGCCACAAAGUAAUGGAGUGCAGAAGACAACAAGAGAUAGUGAAUCAUCACCAGUGGCAGAGCCUCCCUCUAAACGGGUGAAGAUAGAGGAGACCUUCCAGCUGUCAGAGCAGCAGCAGCAGUUGAUCCAAGAGGACACAGCCAACAAGAAACUCUGGGAUGAAGCCAUGGAGCACCUUAAAGAGGGACCGAAUUUCCUGCGCAAGAUGGAGCAGAUCUUCAUGUGUGUGUGCUGCCAGGAGUUGGCCUUCCAGCCCAUCACCACCAUCUGCUCACACAAUGUUUGCAAGACCUGUCUCCAACGCUCGUUUCGGGCAAAGGUGUACACCUGCCCCGCCUGCCGCCACGACUUGGGCAAGGACUACGUUAUGACCCAAAACAAGACGCUUCAGAUGCUGCUCGACCAGUUCUUUCCCGGCUACAGCAAGGGCCGAUGAGGUCAAAAUCACAUUUAUAAGUAGGAUACACGCACAUAAGCACCCAUUUUGUGCACCCUCGUAUACUGUCAAGUACCUAGAGCUCCACUUUAAAAUGCAUUGCACACACAUAAUGUACUUACCCACUGGCUAAUGUAUAUUGCAUAUACAGCCAUUUAUGAAUACAAUCAUUCAUACACAAACAACCUCAGUAGGGACUGACCUCAUCUGUUGAACUUGGACCGUCUCCAUCAGCAUCACCAGCCUGAAAAUCAACCGAGGACAUUUUUUAACCUUCCUGCCACACAAACGCACACAAAAACAAAUGCACAAAAAAAAAAAAAAAAAAAUAGCCCCCAAACUCAUGCUCCCACUAGCCAUCUCAACAGUUUUCCUUUCCACUGUGUUGUCCACCGGUUCAAUUAAUUGACAUGCGUUAUGCUGAUUGAGUGCAAAUUCUCCCCGGCAACAUCGUGAGCUCAGCAGUUAAGAGUUUAGUUUCCUGCCACCCUGUUUGCAUUUUGUGUACCAUGCAUGCAGCUUUACACCAAAACACUGAGCCGAUCAGAGCUGUUUCUGAGCUGACUAAUAAAAAGUGCUCAGUGCUAGGAGUGAGUAGGGUUUUUUUGACCGAGAGGUGCCAGCAGAAUUGACCUGUUAGGUUCCAGAAUUAACAUGCAUUUAUGAUGAAACGAAGCACACAAUGUCUUAUUCCCAUGAAGCACUUUAUUACCGACAUGUGGAGCAGGCUUGUUUUGGAGGUUAAUCAGGAGCAAGUGCUAACAUCCUGCUCCUCAUGUCACUUGGAAUAAUGCCAUUGCUUUGCCUUGAGCUAAUAGGAAUAACAGAUGUCUCACCAGGGGUAACUUUCCCUGUAUUGGCAGGGAACAGAAAUUGGCAACUGCUUCCAGUUUGUUUAGAGUGCUGGAAAAUUUAUGGUUCCAACAAAGCUGCAACUUUACAUACUAAUGAGAUGCCCUCGUGAGUCUCCUCUUUAGAUUUUAUGUGGAGUCAGAAAAGCCAUUUACUUUAUAAAGACACAAGAGCAGAUUAGGGCCAAGGAUUGCAGGAGUCUGUUUUUUAAAAGUAACUUCCACUGGCAAAUGGUGCCUAAACAUAAAAUGCAAUGUACAGUAGGCUACCAAGGUAUCAGCUUUCUAUAAGCGAGAAACAAACGUACAAGAACAAAUGCACUGUUGAAUCUGCUUCAGAAGCACUAAAACGUCAAAGUGUCAGAAAUGAUGUGUUACACAUCAUUCACUGAUGAUUAUGAACAUAGUUCUGGUUCACGGUUCCGCUUCUUAAGUCCGAUGACAUUGACAAAACUGUCCUGGCACAUCGAGUCCAUAUGUUCUGGUUUUAUUCAACUAAUGAAAUACUUUGAUGUAAUGGGAAUAAAAGACUUAACCUGCCACACCGUGCAAUGCUUAAAAAGGUGGUAGAUGCACUUCUUUUUCAGUGACUGGUGUUCAGACACUCGAGAAGCCCUUCACAUAAAGCUGGUUAGUUUAUAUUGUUCAUUGUUAAUGGUCAGUGGAGAGCUCCGGAGGUGUCCAGCACGAUGUUCUUGUCCUCCCUUUUGGAAAAGUACUUUUUUAAAGACACUUUUUUGAAUGAAAAAAAAAAAAAAGUCAGGUUUUUAUAUUUAGCGACCCAUCCCUAAUAUUAGACUAGUUAAAACUAGACAACUAAAAGCACUUGGAGUGCACUGCAUAAAUCAUUAGCUUCUGUGAGACACUGUAACAAUACCUCCUCCAGGAUAAUACUGAGUCAUCUUUAGGAAAAAUAGUUUUUGUCCUUAAAUCACAUUAUUCCCCAGUCAUUAUCACAUUUUUUGGUCUUUAUUUGAUACCUUCUGCUUCAUCGUAACACAUGGUAACAGUCCUGUCACAACCUGUUGGACCUAAUCAUAGCAUCCUCUCCCACAUGCUCACUUAUCUUAUGUUUUUUCUUUGUUUGUUUUUUUGUCUGCUAUUGCCCUUGAUCAGAUAUUUUUGUUUACCCUGAAUCCAGAGGCCUCCGUGCCCUCUGUAAGUGUUGCGUACUGUACAUCAUACAUUAAAAAGUGUUGCUUUAAUUGUGAGCAUGUGAGCCAGAUUUGCAUCUUUUCCAGCGCUGAUAUGGUACUUUAAAAUGUCCAGGGUUGGCAGGUCUGAAAGCAGCUUUAAACAAACUCCUCAUGGAGAGAGCAGCAGCACAGUCUCUGUGGACAGAGGUCACCUGGAGCCGCUGACGUUCAGCUCGUGCAUCAGAGUUGGCUUUGUGGGAAAAUGUAGCCCUUCGGUGGCACUGUCACGUCGAGGGCGUAGAAGCCUCCGAGGCACAGACACAUUUCGCGUAAAGCGGAGACGAGGGCAGCUUCAGCAGUUUUUUUUUUCUUUUUAACUCCUCUGCUGACAUUCAGAUCAGAGGUGGAUGCUGUUUUCCUGUCUGACACCCCCACCCCCACCCCCCCUUUUCAUUCGCAGGCUGUUUGUUUGUGGUGAUGUCCUUGUUUCUGUUCAAUCAUUCAGGAUUUUUUUUUUCUCUUUUUAUUAACAUGCAAGUACAAAUGCUACUAUGGUCUUUGAAGCUAACUGUGAUGUGCAUUACUUCCACUGUUGCUUAAUAUUGUUCGGAUUUAUUUCUUCAUGCAUUGACUGGCAAGCUGAUAUCCCUUCUUUCUUUCUCUACCGUGACCUUUGCCUCCUCCUCCUCUCUCUCCACUGCCUCCUGCCCUCCGUGAACCUACAGUACUAACAACUUUUAGACGUCUUGUGGACGCUUGGCUUCAGUGCUGUGUUAUUUUGGUUUUUUUAUUGCACUCUAUUGAAGAAAAAAAAAGUUUGAGAAGUCACAUUUGAGUUUUCCUAGAAUGCUUACGAUUAUCUGUGUCCGUACACCAUUUUUUUGACCAUUUUAGUUGCUUCUAUUUUAAUCAUUAGUCAUUUUUAUGUUGGCGACCUCAAACAUUUGCAGCAAACGCCAGUCGGAGGAGUUUCAUUGCUUUCAUGUUGUGAUCUGAAAUUUUAUACAUGUCAUGAUAUUACUUGAU